GCUUGUUUAAACGGGCUAAUCUCAGGAAACAUUUAUCGACUACGACCAUGUUACAUGGUUACUCGCAGUUAUCUGUUGUAAAACAUCUCCCUCUUAAUCAGUUACAAUGCUUCCUUUGCGGCUACUACUUGUUUUAUCGGUGGCCAGUUAUGGCUUAUGCAUUCCCCAGCCAUACGACUCAAUAGUGGUAGGAAUGGGCUCCGCUGGGGUCACGGCAGCCACAAUAUUGGCCAAAGCUGGCAAGCGAGUGCUGGGCUUAGAAGCAUUGGAUCGAAUUGGUGGAAGAGUGAAGACAGUUCAAUUUGCGGGAGGUAUUAUUGAAGAAGGAGCUGAAUGGAUUCACGGAACACAAAACAGCCGCGUAUAUGAUUUAGCUGUCCAGAAUAAUAUUACAGUAAUACCUCAGGACUCCGAUUUUCUUAUUUUCCGCUCAGAUGGGAACCAGACAUUGAUGCCAGUUUAUUACGAACUUUUUAAUCUCUGCUUAGAGAAGUCUGAAUAUACCACUAAUGUAUCAUAUGAGAGUACUGGUGAUUAUUUGACGGCUGAAAUAAUAUCCUAUAUUAAAAAGAACCACCCACACUUGGAACAUGAUAAGCAAUUCAUAGAUGAAUUUUUGGAUGUAAUGAAUCUCUUCAUAAAUGCAUAUGAAGCGUCAUAUGACUGGCAUGAUGUCACAACAAGGUCAACAGCUGAAGAACUUGGUGGGCAUUUGCAUACAAGCUGGCAUAAGUUUGGAUAUAAAACCUUUUUUGAGUUGAUGCUGAACACAUACAACAAUGGACCAGGCCUGCAAAAUUUGGACAUAAAAUUAAAUACCGAAGUGACUAAAAUCAUAUGGCCAAAAGACACAUCCGGUGAAAUUAAAGUGGUUUGUGCAGAUGGACAAACAUACACAGCAAACAAUGCUAUAGUAACCGUUUCAUUGGGAGUGCUGAAAGAAAGAUACAACACCCUAUUUUCACCAGAAUUGCCAGACUACAAAAUUACAUCGAUACAAAAAAUGUCGAUUGGUUUAUUGGAUAAGGUUAUUUUGAAUUUUCCGCACAAGUGGUGGGAUCAAAACAAGAUUUACGUCAUGAUCGAGGCUGAUAAAUCCAAUGAUCUUUGGUUUACGAGGCAUGGGGAUGUGUCCACGCCCCUCGCUCUAGACACAGCCUUGACCAUAUGGUUGGCGGGUGAACCCGCUAAGACGGCAGAGACAUUGACAGAUGAAAUAGUUCAACAAAAAUCCAUGGAGUUACUAAGACGAUUCAUGGGCAGGAACUACACUAUACCAGAGCCUAAUGGAAUCCUGAGAUCGAAAUGGCUCUCCAACCCCUUCGUCCGUGGCAGUUACACCUACGAUAACCUAGAGACCCCUAAAUACCCUAAAGCUAGGGAGAAUUUAGGAGCUCCACUAUUAGACGCCAGUGGGACCCCUAGAGUGUUAUUUGCAGGUGAAGCGACCAAUCCCUUACAUUAUGGAACUGUCCAUGGCGCAAGUGAGACUGGCUAUAGAGAGGCAAUGAGAUUAUUAAAUGCCUAAAGAUUUUUCUCAAGACAAAUUACGUCCAAAAUA